CACACCCUAGCUACCAGAGAUGCGUAAGCCAAACUAAGCUGAUCAAUUUCUGUAUAAAAAGACGAUUUUAGUUGCGAGAUUGAGAGAAUUAGAAUACCCAGGCUUGAAGUUGCGGAUCUGAGGAUGCUGCGGAAAACUACUACGUGUUGCCGCACAAGAGGCAGCCCAUUUCUUCUCGUUGUUUUCAUUCAAAAUUACGUGAGCGGAAUUAGUAGAGGGUUACAUUCUCAGCCCUCAACCCCACCAAAAUCUUCACAAACCCAUCGAGAGAAGCCUGUUAGAGACUCCCACCGGUGCUCUGUGCCCAGAAUCAGAGAUCUUGAACACGCCUCGCAGGUGUUCGAUGAAAUGCUUCAAAGAAAACCUCUGCCUUCUAAUUCCCGUUUCCAUCAAAUCAUGACUCAAGUUACCAGAUUCAAACACUAUGCCGCUGUCAUCACCAUGAGUAAGCAAAUGCUUCUCUCCGGAAUCCGUCCUGAUGAUUAUACUCUCAACAUUAUCAUUAAUUGCCUUUGCCAUCUGAAUCAAAUGGGGUUUAGCUUGUCUGUGUUGGGACACUUCUUCAAAUUGGGUCUUCAACCAGAUGUCACCACAUACACUACUCUAAUCAACGGCUUUGUUAUCAAGAACAGAAUUCCAGAGGCGGUAUGGGUUUUCAACAAAAUGCUGCAGGGAGGUCUUUGUGUGCCUAAUGUGGUUACUUUCAACACACUGGUGAAGGGACUUUGCAGGAGGGGUGACAACGGUGCAGCUCUUCAAUUGCUCAGGAAGAUGGAAGAAAGAGGUUGUGUGCCUGACGUGGUUUCUUAUAACACGAUCAUUGACGGCCUCUGCAAGGACUCCCUAGUUGUGGAUGCACAGAACCUCGUAUCAGAAAUGAUUACUAGAGGCAUUGUGCCAAACCUUGUUACUUACAACUGUAUGAUUCGAGGAGUUUGCAACAUAGGUCAGUGGGAAGAAGUUACGAGGCUGUUGAAGGAAAUGGCGAGUAUAAAUAUGUUUGCAGAUAGAGUCACCUUCACUACCUUGGUUGAUGGACUUUGUAAAGACGGGAUGGUUGUGUAUGCAAAAAGAGUGGUUAAAUUUAUGAUACAAAAUGGUAUCGAGCCUAAUGUGAUCACCUACAGUUCACUAAUGGAUGGUUACUGUCUACGAGGAGAAAUGGAUGAAGCAAGAAAAGUCUUUGAUCUGAUGCUCAGCAAGGGUUGCAUGGUUGAUGUUCGUAGUUGUAAUAUAUUGAUAAAUGGAUACUGCAAACACAAAAAGAUUGAUCAGGCCAAGGAGGUUCUUCAGGAAAUGGUUCGUUUGGAACUUGUUCCGAAUACCGUUACUUACGCUACUCUUAUUGACGGUUUUUUUAAAGCCGGAAGAAUGCAAGAAGCAGGAAUGUUAUUAUCUCGGAUGAUAAGUUGUGGCCGACUUCCAAAUCUUCGAACUUAUGCCAUUUUGCUUGAUGGCCUAUGUAACAACAAUCAACUAUCGAUGGCAUUGGAACUGCUUAGAGAGAUGGAAGAGAACAAGUUGGAACUAGAUAUUAUAAUUUACACCAUCAUCGUUGAAGGUCUGUGCAAAGCUGGAAAACUUGAAUCCGCAACAGAUGUCUUCUCUAGUCUGUCAUCAAAAGGAGUCCAGCCUAAUGUGAGGGCAUAUACUGUGAUGAUUGAUGGGCUCUGUAAUGGAGGCCUAUUGGUUGAAGCGGAAGAGUUGCUUAGAGAAAUGGGAACCAAAGGAUGUCCUCCAGAUGAGUGGACGUAUAACACCAUUAUCCGAGGAUUUCUCAAUAACAACGAGAUAUCAAGGGCUGUGGAACUUAUUGAAGAAAUGAGAGGUAUGGAGUUCUCUGCAGAUGCAUCAACUAUGAAAUUAGUAAUUGAUUUGUUGUCUAAAGAUGAAGUAGAUCCAGCUUUGCUGUCAUUUAUAAAAGGUUGAUUAAUAGUUCAAUAGGUGAAACUUAGAUAUCCCUUUGGAUCAGUUCAUGCAAGAAGUUAUCUACUUUGCUCAUUUUCACUUCGAAUUCUGGGUGCAGUUUUUGAUUUGAUUCGAAUUCAUGGUCUGUGCCUCAGAUCUCUACUUGUUGCUUCUUGGUUUUUCGA